CGCAUUAGAUUUUGCGUGGCCCGAUGUCCACGAUGUGGAAAAUAGACGGCGAAGAGAUCUCCGAUGCGAAAGCCGGCAGAAGGAGCUUGGAAGACAAUUUCGAAUCCAAACACCCCCAUGAGGUGCUUAACCCCGACGUCGACGACCCGGACACUGGAUUGAGCACGGAGGAGAGAGCAGUAGUUGAUAGGCAAUUGGUGCGAAAGCUGGAUAAACACCUGAUUCCGUGGCUCAGUUUCCUCUACCUCCUUAGCUUCUUGGACCGGACAAACAUCGGAAAUGCGAAGCUAGAUGGACUACAGACCGCUCUCAGGUUAACGAAUACUCAAUACAAUGCGACUCUCACCAUUUUCUUCGUCUCUUACUCGACACUCGAGCCACUCACCAACGUUUUGCUCAAGAAGUGGAAACCAAGUGUCUUCAUCCCCCUGAUAAUGGUGGCUUGGGGGAUUUGCAUGACAUGUAUGGGUUUAGUCCGCAAUUUCUCCGGUCUCAUGGCCGCGCGAUGGUUCUUGGGAGCUGCUGAGUCUGGUCUAUUCCCCGGUGUAGGAUACUUACUGUCCUGUUGGUACAAGCGAUCUGAAUUUGGCAUUCGGAUGGCUAUUUUCUUUUCCGCGGCGGCGUUUGCUGGCUCGUUUGGUGGUCUGCUUGCGGCGGCUAUCGCCCAGAUGGAUGGCGUUGGCGGGAAGCCUGGCUGGGCGUGGAUUUUCAUCUUGGAAGGCCUGUUCACAGUUGUCAUUGGCAUUAUUUCAUUCUGGGUUGUCCAGGAUUUCCCAGACCAGGCAACUUUCUUGACAGAGGCCGACCGCAAGCGGGUGAUCCGUCGUUUGGCUGCCGACAAACAAUCCAGCGCCGCACACGAGGAAUUCAAAGCAGAAUAUUUCUGGGCCAGUGUAAAGGACUGGAAAACGUAUACGUCAGCCAUGAUAUACAUGGGUUGUAAUGGGUCCCUUUAUGCAUUCUCGCUUUUUGUCCCGACGAUUAUCUUUGAGCUACUUCUCACCGUUCCGCCAUACGCUGUUGCGGCAUGCUUAACUAUUACUGUGGGAUAUAUCGCAGAUCGCACUCAUAAACGGGGCAUUUACAACAUGGCUAUAUCGUUAUGUGGUAUUACAGGGUUCACUAUGCUCCUCGCUUCCCAAAGACCAGCGGUGAAGUACGUUGGAACGUUCUUCGGCGCAAUGGGCAUUUACCCCGCAAUUCCUAAUACCAUUGCAUGGAUAAGCAAUAAUGUUGAAGGCGUCUACAAGCGUGGUAUAAUACUUGGUUUUGUUAUUGGAUGGGGGAAUAUUCAGGGCUGUAUAACAUCGAACAUAUAUCGAGGAGAAGAUAGACCGAGAUUCUACCCGGGGCACGCUACUGUACUCGCAUAUCUAGUCCUAUUUUUACUAGGCGGGAGUGUUUUACAGUAUACCCUCCUUCGCAAAGAGAACAGGAAGAGGCUGCGUGGGGAGAGGAACUAUUGGGUGGAAGGGCUUGAUCCGACGCAGGUGGGGAUGAGAGGGGAUAAGCGGCCAGAUUUUCUAUACACUCUUUGAAAACUUCAUUCGUGGUUUAGGAAGCUGGGAAUUCCUUUCGUGUAUGUAUGUAACUGUGUCUUGACUUGGUUAUGGUUAGAAUAUUGCGCAGCAAAACUAA